AUGCAUGAGCUGUUACUCUUCGCCUCGGUCCCCGCCCACCAGCAUCAUGAGCUUCUCCAGCAGCUGGCCGGCUUGACGGCCAUGCAACCUCGUCACCGCUUAGAACGGCGUUUGAUCUUCAAGGCUCACCGGAAGCCGGGGCUGAUCAAUACCCAUGUCGGCGCCAGCCAGGACGUCCAGGGCCCGGACAUGCAGCGCCUGAAUAAGAUGCUGAACGGAGGCAUGUUCUACACCCAGGUCGUCGGCCCCGUGUCCCCGGCGGAUCUGGGUGCCAGCCCGCCGCCAACCUCGCUCGGAGAUACUGACGCCUCCAUGGCUGGCACCGACGAGAAGGGCGGCCACGUUUACUGCUACGAUCACCAGCCCUGGAAGCUGGAGUUCAGAGACAUCCCCGAGGCCGGCACUCGGUCGGCCGUCACCACCCGACUGACGGCCAGCGCCGGUCUGCCCAAAGGUGAUAUCUCCACCCCCAUGAAUGCCUGGGGCUAUAGCUAUGUUACCGAGUACAUGGUGGAGGGCGAUGUCUUCAUCCUGAACGACAUCGUCAUCUUUCUCCAUCGCGUCCUGCAGUAUCCCACCGAGGGUCAAGAACCACAUGAACCUCGGCGUCAGCUGCCUCCCUUCCAGCAAAUGACCUCCCUGGAUCGAACCGGGAGCUACGUGCUGCAGGCCUCCAUUACGGUCCAGGAUGGCGGCAACCAAGAAAUGAUGAAGACGGCUUCGCAGCAUCUGUUUGGUCUUCGAGAACAGCUGAAGUCGGCCGUCCGGCUGGAACAGGCGGAUCGACUCUCUCUGGACACGCGAGCCAAAUAG